AUUCCCCCCACCCCUCCCUCCACUCCCAGGUAUGACAGAGCGAUAGACCUGUUUACGCGGUCCUGUGCAGGGUACUGUGUAGCCACCUUCAUCCUGGGUAUAGGAGACAGGCACAACUCCAACAUCAUGGUGAAGGAGAACGGACAGGUAACGCACACAACUAUCCAUCUACCUGAAGAAAUUAACCAAUAGUUAACUCUGAUUUUUAUCUCUCGCUCUCUCAGCUGUUCCAUAUAGACUUUGGCCACUUCCUGGAUCAUAAGAAGAAGAAGUUUGGCUAUAAGAGAGAGAGAGUUCCCUUCGUUCUGACACAAGACUUCCUGAUUGUCAUCAGUAAGGGAGUCCAGGAGUGUACCAAGACCAAAGAGUUUGAGAGGUACGAUGUACACAUACACAGAAUAUACACACAUACACACACAGAGUAAACACACACCCUGUUAACCCCCUCCUUCCUCCCCCCAGGUUCCAGAGAACACACACCCUGUUAACACCCCCCCUUCCUCCCCCCAGGUUCCAGAGAACACACACCCUGUUAACCCCCUCCUUCCUCCCCCAGGUUCCAGAGAACACACACCCUGUUUAACCCCCUCCUUCCUCCCCCAGGUUCCAGAGAACACACACCCUGUUAACCCCCUCCUUCUUCCCCCCAGGUUCCAGAGAACACACCCCCUGUUAACCCCCUCCUUCCUCCCCCCAGGUUCCAGAGAACACACACCCUGUUAACCCCCUCCUUCCUCCCCCCAGGUUCCAGAGAACACACACCCUGUUAACCCCCUCCUUCCUCCCCCCAGGUUCCAGAGAAACACACACCCUGUUAACCCCCUCCUUCCUCCCCCCAGGUUCCAGAGAACACACACCCUGUUAACCCCCUCCUUCCUCCCCCAGGUUCCAGAGAACACACACCCUGUUAACCCCCUCCUUCCCUCCCCCAGGUUCCAGAGAACACACACCCUGUUUAACCCCCCCUUCCUCCCCCAGGUUCCAGAGAACACACCACCCUGUUAACCCCCUCCUUCCCUCCCCCAGGUUCCAGAGAACACACCCCUGUUAACCCCCUCCUUCCUCCCCCCAGGUUCCAGAGAACACACACCCUGUUAACCCCCUCCUUCCUCCCCCCAGGUUCCAGAGAACACACACCCUGUUAACGCCCUCCUUCCUCCCCCAGGUUCCAGGAGAUGUGCUACAAGGCAUACCUGGCCAUCCGGCAGCAUGCCUCUCUGUUCAUCAACCUGUUCUCUCUGCUGCUGGGCUGUGGCAUGCCUGAACUACAGUCCUUUGAUGACAUUGCUUACCUGAGGAAGACCCUCGCUCUGGAGAAGAGCCAACAGGUAAUACAGAACACCUGACCCCUAAUCCGAGCCUGGAGGUCCAAGACUUCUGCUGGUUUUCUGUUCUACCUGAUAAUUAAUUGCACCCACCUGGUGUCCCAGGUCUAAAUCAGGCCCUGAUUAGAGGGGAACAAUGAAAAAACUGCAGUGGAACUGGCCUGGACCAGAUUUGAAUUUGCCUGCCCUAAUGUAUAGUGAAGUUAUGACGUGUAUUUGUAUUUAUUAUGGAUCCCCAUUAGCUGUCUGUGUGUUAUAACCUGUUAUAACCUGUUUGUGUCACCAGGAGGCUCUGGAGUACUUCACCAAGCAAAUGAACGACGCCCACCAUGGAGGAUGGACCACUAA